AGGAUAAUGAACAACAAGUUUCCCUUUGUGCAAGUGAAAAAUCACUAAAAUCCCGAAAAACGUUCGAAUUUUUGCAUUUUCUCGACUUUUUCAUCGACCUUCAGCUUCUUUGUAGCACGCAACAAUCAUGAAUUCCGUGCCAAAUCACGAAUUUCUCGAAAUGAAGGAGAAUUACUUGCAUCAGGCGCACUGCAAACAACAAUGUUUCGUAUUUACAGACAUCUCGGAACUGGAUCUGCCCGAAAUCACAAAAUUUCCCAUUGAAAAGAUGAAAAAUGGCAGUGUCCAUUCGCUGCACUCGUUUCAGAGCAAGAAAUGUGAUACUCCGGUGCCGCCCGAACGCAAAUCUCGCACCCGAAAGAUUAUCGCCAUUUUUGGCGUGUUGAUGUUACUGCUUGUCGUAAUUGCGAUAAUUCCAUUGACGCUUCAGCUGCGAACGUCGUCGUUGUUGGAAGCGAGACUCGCGUUUAUUCGGAGACUUUUGAACGAAGCGCCGCUCGUCGAAGGUUAUUGGAAUCCCAAUAUGGAGGGAAAUUUCACACAAAGUUACGAGGAGGUUAAGGAAAAUAUGGUUGGAGCGAUUUUGUGGCCUAUUAAAGUGCCGUGUGGCGCCCAACAUUUGGAUGCGGUGCAAUUAGCGCUUGAAGGCAUCGAUUUGGCACGACGUACUGUGAGUAAUAACUUUGGCAUGAGAAUUGUCGAAAGUGCGGACGAAAUGGAUGUCGCACAUGCUGAUGGAAUGGUUUCUGUACUUUUGGGACUCGAAGGACAUUCGUUGGGAAGCUCUUUGGGCGUUUUACGGUCAUUUUAUUCGCUUGGCGCGCGAUUUGCUUCGUUGACAGCUCUUUCGUGUACAACUCCAUGGGCUGGAAGUGCAUUUGCAAAUUCCGAUCAUUUCGUCGAAGAAUCAGCUCCCACGAGUCUCACAGAGUUCGGAGAAACGAUGCUGCACGAGAUGAAUCGUCUUGGAAUGGUUGCUGAAAUCUCCCGUUUGUCCGAACCAGCGAUGAUGGUUGCUCUAAACACUGCUAAAGCUCCCUUAUUGCUCUCAAACGCCUCGCCGCAGGGUGUUUGCAAUGCCACAGCUUCCAUUCCCGAUCACAUAAUGAGCGCCAUGUCCCAAAACGGAGGCAUCAUGAUGUUAAAUGUCGAAAAAUGCGGCGAUAAACUUUUGACAGUGAAGGAAGCCAUUCACAUGAUCAACUAUGUGAGAGCAAUCGCCGGAAUAGAUCAUGUUGGACUGAGUAGCGCUCCGAAAAUUUAUCCAAUGUUGCUCGCAGAACUUGCUCGAGAUCGACUUUGGGGCAAUAUUGCGAUUAAAAAGCUCGUUGGAGGCAAUAUUGUUCGUGUGCUGAGAGAUGUCGAUAACGCUAAACACAAAAUCUCGUUGAGAGAAGAUUGGAUUCCUAAUGAUGACAUCGAGUUGUCUUCUUAUUGUCGUUAUCCCGAAAUGUAAUUUCGCAGUAUUUUCUAAUUAUUUUCGUUAAGAAUUUAGAAUUUAAUGUAUAAAGAAAGGUAGAAAAUUGUAGAAAAAUUUCUCUGAGAGAAUAAAGA